AUGUCCCGGGAUAAUUACGGUAGGAAGGGUUAUUAUAAUCGGGAAAAUCGUGACAGAGAGUGGAGUAGGAAUGAUUACCGCUAUGAAAAACACCGGCUAUCAAGGAAACGUAGCAGGACGCCGCCAAGAGAUGAGAAGAGAUCGGCUCGUACUCCGAGGAAAAAUGAGAAAGAAAUAAUCGAUGAUAAUAUUCUGAGUGAGAUCUCAAAGUUACCGGAAGCGAGUGAACUAUGGGACAGUCACUUACAGGACGGCUUCUCAGCUCCUCAACAGCAGUCCUUUCAACAAGAAGGCAAUGCAUAUGUAGGUAACUACCAGCCGUCUUACUCUGGCUUGUAUGACGACUUCCCGUCGGUGGGUGGAGUGCCGACGGCUCCCCAACCUCCGGAGAUAUCAUCGUGGAACCAAAUGUCUUUGCCGCCUCCACCUGCACCGACAUUCAAUGUUGAAGAACAGAUUAAGAAAGAAGCAGCUAUUGAAUCGGAAAUGCGACACCAGAAAAUUGCGUUGUCGAAACAAAGGGAGGAUUAUAUAAAGAAGGCUGCGAUAUUGAAGAAGGAAUUAGACACACUCAAGGACCAACGGAACGAACUACGUGGGGACAACAAGAGGUCACCCAGCCCGGAUACUAAAAGAUUCCUUAAAGAGAACACGAAGCUACAGUUGGAGAUCCAGAACAAGCUGAAGACGAUCAACAAUGUUGUGGACAUGCUUAAUGGAAUUAUAGGGGAGGAGGCGGAGCUUGAUACGGACACGCCCACCCAGGAGAGGGAGCGAGACAGGGAGAGGGGAGCGAAAAGGAAGUCCAGGUCUCCGUCAAACAAGAAGUUCAACUACGUGUACUAUGACCCGGAAAUGCACUGGUGUCGUGUGUGCAAUGAGUUCCCGCCCACGGCAAAGGACUACCUCAAUCAUCUACACUCGCCGGCACAUCACAAGAUGGCAGCGGCCCACAUGGAGGCGCCAUGGCAUUCAGUGACGGGCGCCAACGAGGGGUUCCCUAGCUACCCCUCCGCACCUACUAAGAGAACACCUAUAAGAGGUCUCCAGUUCUUCGUUCCGUCGAGCGCGUGGUACUGCAAGUUGUGCGACGUAUUCAUCGGCGACCUGCACUGCGCAUCCGCUCACCUCAAGUGUGUGCAACAUUCCAAGAACUACACGAAUUUCGUGGAACAAAAUCCUCACUGGGAAACCGAUUGGAUGUCUGACAGACAGAAAGCUCUAGAAAAGGCUCGGGCUGGGAGUAAAAUAAAAAUGGAGGACAAACCAGCAUACACCGCGCAUACAAUCACCUUCAACAAGGACGGGUUCCACACUAAGAGGAAGACGGACAGCCCGGACAAGAAGAAGAAGAACAAAAAGAACAAGAAGAAUAAAAAUAAGAAGAAGAAGACCAGUAGCAGUAGUAGUUCCGACAGCAGUUCCAGCGAAGACAGCGAACAUACCAAGAAGAAAAGUAAGAAAUCAAAGAACAAGUUCGAGGAGGCGAAGCUGACCGAGUGGAUGUCAUCCAUACAGAUGGAUAGGCUCAACGACAACGACAGGAAACUGUUGGACAACAUUAAGAACAGGAUCAAGAUGGACAAAGAGGACCGGCGGGAGAAGAGGGACCAACGAGAACCGGUCAGGCAGUACCGUGACGAGCGUCGCGAAUCCCGGUCGAGAGAUGAAAGAGAUCGGAGAGAUGACAGACGGAGAGAUGAGCGGAGAGAAGAGAGGCACGAGCGGAGAGAUGACGGGAGGGAGGAGAGACAUGAACGGAGAGAUGACGGGAGGGAGGAGAGACACGAACGGAGAGAUGACGGGAGGGAGGAGAGACACGAACGGAGAGAUGACGGGAGGGAGGAGAGGACGGACGCGAAGAAAACAGACAUUAGGAAGAUGAUGCCAUUCAUUGGAAAGAUGCCGGUGUACAAAAAUCUAACGAAGACGUCGAAAACAGAAGAACCGAAGAAGGAAGAGAAGAAGAAAGAAGAAGACGAAGCGACCAAGAAGAGAAGAGUGGAGAUGGACGCUGAGAUACAGAAGAAGGUGGCGGAGUUCAAAGAGAAAAUCGCGAAGGCCCAACUAGAGAGACAGCAAGCGGAGCAGAUGCCCACACUACUGGGAGCUAUGCCUGGGACUCUGGCCGGGGCGAUGAACCCGGCCAUGGCACACGCCUUCCUACCGCCGCCACCGGCUCCAGCGGCGCCGGCUCAUCUACCCAAGGACUUUCAAGACGCUCUGGAUAUUAUUUUCCCAUCAGAAGUGAAGGGCGACGGCCAGGCAGAUAUGUACCAGGCUGUGCCAGGCCUAGCGCCGCCCGGGGCCUUCCCGGGCCUAAUGGGAGGCAUGAUGGCCCCCUUCCAACAGUUAGGCCUCCUCGCUCAGCCGCCAGUCGUCAUGGGCUUUGAUGUUAACGCGGGCCUGUUCCAACAACAGGUGUAUGACGCUCACGUCAACAACACAAACACCACCAACAACACAAACAACACACAGCCUCAAACCGGAGAAGUGAUGGAGAAGAAGGAUCCGACUUCAAGGAAUAAGGAAGAACUGGAUGAACUAGCGCUGCUCGGGAUAGACGCUAGUGAUGUGGGGGCUGGCAUAUAG